CUCAUGGCGGAGGAGCAGAAACGGGCCGUCUUCACUCAAUUCAUCCAGCGCUUCUUGUCGAGAGACGACCUAAAAGAUCCUGCCUGUCUUUCCAAAACUACGAGCAGUGCUGACUGGCUUGAGAAGAACAUUGGCAAUUUCUCCAGCUACGCUGACCUGGAGGAUUUGAAGUCCCUGAAUGGAAAUUUCUCCAGUCUUGCAUCACUGGCACUGCUGACCCCUACCCAAGUAGCUCAACUCACACUGAGCUCUGGAGUACUGAACAACACCAACCAGAUCAGCGCUGUGUUCGACCGACUGGAGGAAGGCGACGCUUUCCAGAACGUGGAGGAGUUUCUGACGGCACUGAGCGCAGCUCCCGAGACUCCCGAUAUCACCCCUGCCGCGAGAGACGUGAUGAUGAACCGAACCUUCAUAAUCAUCAGAUCGAAGAUCCAGGAAUUUGAGGCCUCUGUCUGGGUUACGUGGUUCACUGUGAAGCUCAUCCCCAUCCUCCCCAGUUUCACCCCGGAAAUGCUGGUUACGGUCACAGCUAACAUCAGCUGCACCAACUACCAUGUGAUUGUUGAAGGACUUAGUACAGUUUAUUCACAAAUGCCAGCCAAAAGAAGAGAGGAAAUUGCUGCAAGUCUAUUGCUGUACCUUAAGCAGUCUGUGAACCAGAUCAAUCAGCCAGCCUGCAAUCAGGACAUCAAAAAUGACACUGACUGGCUGGAUCUGAACCUCGGUCAGUUCUUCACCUAUGUGCCUUAUUCUGACUUGGCACAAUUCAACAUCUCUAAGGAAGCGGUGUAUGGCUCUCUCACUGAUGAACAGAAGGUAGAGCGGAUCUUGACGCCGGGUCUGUUGGAGGACGAGUCUGCCGUCAAAGAAGUGUUUGGAUCUGUUGUAAACUCUCCAGACCAGAACCAGUUGGAUGAUUUCUUUAACAAACUCAUCAGCUCUUCUGCACAGAGAAACGUAUCGAGCAUCAACAGUGCUGUGAGCAGCGUCAUCCUGAACAUGACCUUGAUGAACCUGGCGACCAGAUUUCAAACCUUCAACCCGCAGACAUUUGCCCUGUGGUUCCAGACUUAUUUGCACCUGUUCCUCCCUGGUAUCGGUCCAGAUAGUCUUUCUGUCAUCCCGAAGACCAUCAGCUGUGAUUCUUACAGAGAAAUCUUGAAAGGCUGUGAUGAAGUUUACAGCAGCCUCACACUGACUCAGAGUACGAGUGUGUACCGUUUCACACGCGACUAUCUGUCCCAUCAGCCCAGCCAAGGUCAGUCCUGUGUGCAGAGUAUGAGCAGUGACUCUGACUGGCUGCUAAAACACUUCGGCCGGUUCCGCAUAUUUGCCACCUUUACUGAACUGAUCAACUUGAAGCGAGACUUCAAUGGGGUGGCAGCCUCACUCUUGCUGACUGUGCCCCAGCUGUCUGAGCUCUGCUCCGCUCCUUCACGGCUCCGCGGACCGCAGGACGUGUUCACCGUGAUGAGUGCUGUUGAAACGCCGCAGCUUUCAGACUUUUUUGAUCUUCUUUCUCCCAACAUCCAAGUGAAUGAGCUGAACUACUCUGCGGAGGUGAAGCAGGCGUUCCUCCAGACGGUGUUCGGGAGAGCAGGGCUGGCGUCUCCGUCUCUCAGCGAUGCUCAGGUGUCGGUCUGGCUCUCGGCUCGACUCGCUCCUCUGCUGUCGGCUCUGAGCUCGGCAGAUGUUACGCGGUACUUCGACAUCGUCAGGACUCGCGGCUGUGGCGUCAGACAGGAGGCUGUACGUGUGCUGGACUCUUCAAGAACGGCUCUGGAUGACAACACACAACUUCAGAUCUAUUACAACAUCCAACAAUUACUCACAGAUGCGGAUCCGCUUAGCUGCUAUGGCAACGGGAGCUUCUACCAGUUCCUCAAGACUUCCUUCCUCCAUUUCGGGUUUCCAGACGUGAACGGCUUGCAGUCUCUGAUCCCUGUGGGCAGAAGGCCUGAGGUGUUGAGCUCCAUCUCCACCGCGGAGCUGAGCGAGUUCCUGCAGGCGCCGCUAGCCCUGGGCGACGGCUCGGGCCUCUGCGAUCUGCUCCGCCAGUACGAGCGCACCGCACAGUAUCUGGAGAAGGAGCCGCUGGGCUCGCCGGUUCUGGCUCAGCAGGUGCUGUCCUGCGUGUGGCCUCGGGUUCUGGAGCUGGAGGUCCAGUCUGAGGUGGAUCAGUGGUUCGAGUCUCGCCUCGUGCAGUACCUGCCGCUGCUCACCUCACAGCUCAUCGGCCCAGCACAACUCAGCAGCGCCGCCUGCCUGCCGUUCAGGAAACUUGUUUCAGUUCUUGGAAACAACUACAACUUCUCCAAAACGGAUUUCACCCCAGAAGAUGUUUACAGCUCCAUAAAGGCGUAUCUCACAAGCGGUGGCUCUCCGCGGUGUUAUAACGCUUCAAAUCCUCAGCUGAACUCCACAAACUGGCUUGUCAGCUACAUUGGCAUCUUCAUCAGCUACGUCACUCUGCCUGACCUCAACUCCUUUGUGUCAUCUAACCAGAUCGGCGUGUUCUUAGAAGACCCGGAGAACCUUCAGCUGCUCAACAGCACCGCAGUCCAGUCCAGCGUGAUGAGCUACUACAUCACACAGCUGUACAACCAGAACCCGACCUUCAACCCCGUCAGGCUGCCAGGUAAGAUCCUGUGUGGAAUCCCGUCAUUUGCGUAUGAGCUUCUGGGAUCAUCAGACAGUUUGUUGCUCAUUGAACGAAUCAACAUCUUCUGCAAUGGAACCGAAAGCGCCGAGAUCACAGCUGCCCUCGCUGCCAAUCUCCCCUCCAUCUCCUCCUCCACCAUUCAGCUGCUCGGCAGUCAGAGCGUCAGCCUGACGGAGGGGCAGAUAAGCUCCGCCUCCUCUGAUGUCAUCCAGAGCGCGCUGCCGACUCUCAGCACCGUCGAUGGCUGGAACCAGGGCCAAGCUAAUGCAGUCAUACAAACUCUCAUUGAGUCCAACUUUCCAAUCGACACCGGCUCUUCCCUGCUCUCUCUCGGGACGCUAGUCAAGGGCGUUCCGUCGGAAACCAUCUCCAGCAUUACUUCCUCGGAGCUCCUGGGCAUAUCCCGCAAUCCCACUUUCAUCAGCAACAUCCUCUCGGCUCCGGUCAUCCUGCAGCUCGUUUACGUCAUGAAGAUCGUGUCCAUCGAUGAAAGUAAAGUCCUUGAGAACGUCCCGGAUGUGUUGGCUGGCUCGAUCCCGCGAGUGUUGCUGGUUCCCCAGGAGUCUGUCAAUGUAACCCUGAUCAAUAACAAGCGCUGGACGCAGGAGCAGGCUGAGGUGCUGUUCGGCUCCGUGGCCAGUGUCAGUACGGACACCGAGGAGCUGUCCGAGGCGCUGCUCCAGGGUUUCACCUGCACUUCGGCCCAGACGCUGGGAGAAGGGAAGGUCAAGCAGCUGGUCAGAGCCUGCAGGAGCCGGGCGGGUCGGCAGAAGGUCCAGCUGAAGGAGAGUCAGCUGAUGUGCAUGCACAAAUACGUGAAAGAAGAGGCCUCGUCCAGCUUCUCAGACUUGCCUUCAGAAAUGCUGCUUUACUACAGCUACGAGAAGGUGGCGAAGGAAAACUGCCGGUCGUAUUUCAGCGCUGUGGGAACGGCCGAUUUCUCUGUUCUUUCCAGCGUCCUCGAUAAACAGACGACUCUGUUCAACAACGCUCGAAGCUGUCUGGGCAUCUCUGGCCAGAGUCUGAGCAGAGAUCAGGUGGAGGUUCUGGGCAAUCUGUCGUGUACGCUGGAGCCCGUCUACAUCCAGAACUCGGAUCCAGCCAUCAUUGAGCGCCUGAAGAAUUGCCGGGACCUGUCCGACGCUCAGAUCAGCGCUGUGCAAACUCUGCUGCUCUCGGGAAACACAACCUACGGGAACUCUUCGGUGUGGGACCAGCAGACGCUGCAGAGACUCGACCUCCUGCCGCUCUACUUCACCGACGUCUUCUGGCAGCGGUUCAGCGCCUCUGUGAAGAGGAUGUACAUGAAGGGGUUCAUGCCGUUCCUGAGGACGAGAAACACGGAGAAGCCGAAACUAAAGAGACUCUUUAAGAACUGCAACGCUGAAUUAGACGUGAAAACAAGAAUCAGACGCUCCGCAGUCUGCACCGCAGGGAACAUCACAGAAGCCAUCAUCGCUGACGCCUCCUUCCCCUUCGGCUACACCUCGGCUCAGCUCGACGCCUGCCUGGACCCCCGAGUCCUGCGGGACAACUUGGCCGCCGUCGCAGAGAAGGUGGACGACGACGACUUCCAGAGAGUGCUUCUGAACAAGCUGAAGCAGGUGUUUCCCGGCGGUCUGACCGACAGCGUUCUGAAGCUGCUCGCGUCUGUCUCACGGCAAGCCACGGUGGACGAGAUCAGGACGUGGAGCGUCAACAGCAUCGACACGCUAAACGCUCUGAUGGACAAAAGCAACGGGCAAUGGGACCGAAACAAGAGCGUGGAGGUGAUCCUGCGGUAUCUGAGUGUGCCCGGUCACACUCUUGGCACUAACGAGCUGAACGUCAUCGGUUCGAACCUGUGCUCUCUGAACGUCUCCACACUGCAGAGCAUCACAGCAGGAGACCUGGGGAAUGCAAACGUUCUGGAUCUGUCCUUGUGUUCAUAUGAGCAGAAAUCAGUUCUGUACAUCACUGCGAACUCCUCACUCAGAGCGCAACACACCAGCGGCCGGAUCAACUACCUCCUCAUCAGCCCUUACCUCGGUGGAGCUCCGGUGGAGGACGUGAGGGCUUUGGCCUCUUACAACAUCACUAUGGACAUAAGCACCUUCAGAAGCCUUAGCCCAGCUGUUUUAAAGAGUCUGAGUGUGUCUGACGUGCGGGCUCUGAUGGGUUCUGCCGUGGAGGAUCUGAAGGUGUUUGAGAACGACUCUGUGGUUCAGGUCUGGAUCUCCUCACAGCCGCAGUCUCAGUUAGACACGCUGAAUCUGGGUCUGCGCGGAGGCCGAUCCGAUCCGAGCACGUCAUCCGCUCCGGUCUCCGGACUCACCAACAGCAGCGGCACGCAGUCGCAACCCACUCUCAGCCAAUCAGCGCCUGUCACUGUGCAAGGAUCUGCAGCAGCGCUCUGUCUCGCCCCAGGCGUGUUGUUCAUGGCGUCCUGUGUGUGGUUUCUGACUCUAACAUGAGCCCAACAUUAGCAAACCUCCAUUACACUCAUACAGUCAUCAGUCAUGUAAUAUCAGAACGCUAUAUUAGAUCUUAAUAUCACUGAUCUCUUUCCAUUGAUUUUAUAAUCAGCUCACAUUGGUUCUGAAAGUGUUUUUCAUUUACGAUUAAUGAUUGUAUAACAAAUACAUUUCUGGUCUAAUAAAAGUAAUUACGCUUUAUGAAGGAAAUCACAUUUUGUUAAAUUAAUAUAUUGAUAGAAUAGCAAAUUAUCUUGUGCCUUCAUUAUUUUCUUGUCUUUAAUAAAAUGAACAUGCUCUCACGUG